UCCACAGUGCUACUCAAGGCAGCGCUAGGCACAAAUCUUAGCACGUUCCGAUAGAGUGCUGUGUUUGUGGCUGCUAAGCAGAGGGGAUGGAGUCAAACCAAGCUCUUUGAAAAAUAAAAUCAGGGCUCUGUUUGCACCAUGUCUGGCUUCAAAUCAAUUAGUGAUGAGAGUGGCUGAUGCUCCGGGUGUGCGCUUCAGUGAGAGCGAAAGGGUGACAGUUAUAUCUUUAGAUUCGACUGCUGGGCUUAAAAGUGCGAUCCUUUGGUUCAUCUGCGACUGAACUCAAGCCAGACCGAUGACUCCCGGAGAUUCCAAAACUAUCACCGACCUCAUGCAAGAUGUGCUUCGGACUGGCUGUGGUUUCUCCUCCUCAUCCUUCUUCUGAUGUUCAAUGGCAGACGAAAACCGCUCCCUUCUCCUUUCCUGUCAUCUUUUGAUCUCCGAGAGAUGGCUCUGAUCCACAGCUAAACAACAGGACAUCCCUCUCUGAUCUCCUCCCUCUCUGACCAUCUUCUCAUCACCCUCCCUCACCAUGGCCUGCUUGCUGGUAGCAGUGCUCCUCCUGGUUCUCCAAGCAUAUGCUGCCCCACCAGAUUUUGUUCAGAGUUUGGAUCUAGGCCCUGGAUUCACAGCUAAUGACACUCUGUCUCCACCCCUGGGGACUAGUAAAUGUGCCCCCCACAGCAUCAUCAUUGGGGUGCGUAAAGGCGGCACACGAGCCCUGCUGGAAAUGCUAGACAUCCACCCUGAGGUCGCUGCCGCUGCCACAGAGGUACACUUUUUUGACUGGGACGAGAACUACGCUAAGGGAUUUGACUGGUACCGUGAGCUGAUGCCAUAUUCCUACCCACACCAGAUCACAGUUGAGAAGACACCAGGCUACUUCACCUCUGCCUUGGCGCCAAAACGCAUCCGUGCCAUGAACUCCUCCAUCAAGCUGCUGCUGAUCUUGCGGGACCCAACUGAACGUGUCAUCUCAGACUACACCCAGGUCUACUUCAACCGCCUGGAGAACCACAAGCCAGUGCAGGCCAUUGAGAACCUGCUGGUGCGCAGCGGAGCCCUCAAUACCCGCUAUAAGGCCAUCCAGCGGAGCCUCUACGACAUGCACAUGAGCAACUGGUUGCGCUAUUUCCCCCUAGAGCAGAUCCACAUCGUGGAUGGGGAUACUUUGAUCCGGGACCCGUUACCUGAGCUACAGAAGGUGGAGCGUUUUCUCAACCUGCCCCCCAGGAUAAUGUCCUCCAACUUCUACUUCAACCAGACCAAGGGGUUCUACUGCAUCCGGAGUGAAGGGCGAGAGCGCUGCCUGCACGAGUCCAAAGGGCGUCCCCACCCUGCCGUCAAUGGUACCGUGCUGCAGCAGCUACGCUCCUACCUCCGGGAGCACAACCAUAACUUCUACCGGCUGGUGAAGCGCUCCUUUGACUGGCAGUAAGGCAGUUCACCCCUCUACCUAUGAGGACUAGUUCUCCCUGGCCCACAUAUGACUGUUCAAGGACUGAAUGACCAGUGUUAUAGGGGGAGAAGCACUUUACGAACUCUGACACCCAAACACCCCUGUCAAUCGCCUUUUACUCUGCUCUGGUGUCAGCAGAGCAGUUCCACAUUUACAAAGCAAGAACUUACAAACUAACAUGGAAAAAUCCCCAAGAUUGAAGUCAUUCUCUGUACUGUACCUGCCAAAAGUGAAGCGAUGCGGAUUGUGGAAAAACUCAUUUGUGAACCUGAUUUUAACUUUUGUUUGAUAUUACUGUACUUGAUAAUAAAUUGUUUUGCUUUAAAAAUGUAACGCUGGAAUGGGAUCUUUUUCUACCUUGGUUCUUUGUGCUGCUCUCCAGCUCCUAACCUGAGUUAUUUAGAGAGCAUGCUAAGGUAGACUGAGGCAUUAGGCUAAGAGUUUGAUUCGCUGCGGUGGAAGAAGGACAUUAAUGCAGGGAAAUGGUUUCCCUCGAGCGCCGCUUUAGUAGUACAGAAAUCACUAAUGGAUUUGGACGUUGAAGGUAGUGCCUGCAGCAAAAGGGGCCGAAUCACAAGAGUCAGCAAGCUGAAGUCAAAGAGCUCUUCCUGUAUUUUCCCACUGUUCAGUGUUCAACGGUUUGAUUAGGCUGUAGAAGCAGCCAGUAAAUCAUAUGCUUACUGUAGCAGUUCUCACAGGAGUUGUGCUGUAUGUAAGAUGCCGUUUCACAAGUGUGAUUAUUCAACAUAAACAGCAGAGAAACACAUUACUAUUUUCAUCAUGAUUAUCUCUGGUUAUUAUGGAUGGACACUUUGUGUUUUCUUAGAACCUUUCUGUCAGAUCACUUGCCAUUCCAUGCCACAGAGAUCGGCACAUUUCAGAUUGUCACAGGUCAUGUUUCCUCAUUGAUUAGGCUUUAAACAGCAGCCAAGGCUGCCUGUCUGGAGAGACCACUGGUGCUUAUGUGAUCUCCCUUCUGUCUGGUGGCUCUGUCAGAUGCUAAAAGAGUGCUCCCGUUCUCCUGGGGGGGACAGACACCAAUGCUGCCGGCUUUAUCCCUUGCCAGCAGUAGGGGUGUGUUGGUCUGUCCACACUAAAAUAUGAAGUUCGAUACAAGCAAUGUUUUCACACUCCGUCUUACCAUAUCCUAUUUACUGAUACUGUAUUAUGUUUUAUUGAUGUCUCAUAGUAGUUUAUUCAACCGUACUUUUGUUCUACGGCUCCAUCUAGCACAGGCUAUCAGAAUACUCUAUAAACUCAGCGGUAGCACUUUACUUUAAUUAUAGUGUCAUAACAUCUAAUAACCAUGUCAUAACCAUGUCAUAAGAGCUGACAUAACUUGUCAUAACACUGUCAUGACACCUACAUUUAGACCUGUUACAUGUAUUGAGUUAUUUUAUGGCUAGUUAUGACACCUACAUAAGGGUGUCAAAACCCACCACUCAAGGCAAACCAUUAGCCAUAUUAUUACCAUUGCAGUUGCACACACAUUGGUGUCAGAAUUGUACCUACCCAAUGCUCUGUUGCUGAUGAUUGGGAUGAAUGCAGGAGAAGUAUUUGGGAGCAGGACAAGACACCCUCUUUGUGACUGAUGAUGACUGACACAAUAGUCCAAGGGCCACCUACCAAAACUGUGUUUUUCCAUGACCCAAAAAACGGAACUGCGAAAUUUAAACAACAUUAUGUAGAUAAUGUUAUGAACAGUAACACUGUCUGAUUCCAAACUUGUAAAAGUUUAACAUUUAAAAAAAUCUUUAAUCAAAGUCAUGAUAUUAAGCAUCGAAAUAACAGCGCAUUUGAGGUAGUUUCACCUUGGUUACUUUCUGUUUUCGAAACCACCUAAAAAUGCGCUGUAAUUUCGAUGGUUAAUAUAAACGUUCCAACGUUGCACGUCGGUUACUUUUUGACGUACACUGACGUACAGAACACAAAACGAUUUGUGCGUUUUGAUUUUCGUCCUUGCCUUUUUAUCGGUCUUUCAUUGAUCCAGAUGAGCCCCUCAACGAGGAAAUAUGUUUGAACCUUUUGUAGUGGUUUUCUCAGUUAAUAGAAGAUGUUUUGGCAGAUGUAAUUAGCCUAUAGCUUGCCAAACUAAAGACAGCACAACUUUGCUAGCUAACACAGCGCUCAAAACAUUCCCGACAGCUACAUAAAGCGCUGUUCUAGCAUCUGAGAAAAAUCUAUUUAGCACGUGUCAAUAGCUUCUUAUCGUGUAUUAUUUCAGGAUUCGUCCGGUACAUACAGCGAGCUCCAAGUAUUUGGACAGUGAAAAUGUUUUGUUGUUUUGGCGCUGUACUACGUCACUUUGGAUUUGAAAUUACACAAUGAGGUUAAUCUACACGUGAAUCUUCACGUCUGUUGGAUGCAUUUGCUCUUUUGGUUGUUUCAGAUUAUUUUGUGCCUAAUAGAAACUCAUGGUAAAUAAUGUAGUGUGUCAUUUGAGUCACUUUUUUUUUCUAAAGAAGAAUCCAGUAUGUUUCUAAAAACCUCUAUAUUACUGUGGAUGCGAUCAUGAUUACGUAUAGUCCUGAAUGAAUCGUGAAUAAUGAUGAGAAAGUUAGACGCACAAAUAUCAUACCCCCAAGACAUGUUAACUUCUCACCACUACAAUGACAGGGGAGGUUAGCAUUUUUGGGGUGUAUGAUAUUUGUGCGUCUAACUUCCUCUCAUCAUUAUUCACAGUU